CAAAGACUGAGACAUGACUCUUCAUCUGUACGCACGAUUCACACCUACACCCGCAGAGUCGAUUGCUGGUAUUCAAUCUUCUGUAUUUCUAUCCUGUUGGCUCUAUGAUACUCGCUUCUUGGCAACAAUUACUGCCUAAAGCCCACUGUCGGAGGAGGGGCAACUCGCCUCAUUGCGUGACACCCCGCCCAACAUGGGUCCUCGUCAACGAGCGCAAGCUCGAAAGAAACGCAAUGGCGGACAGCAGAAUCACUCACCAUCGCCAUGGCGACAUGGUCAGUCAGGCUCUUCCAAAAAAGUGCCUGCUCCCUUCCACCGCAACCUUCUGCACGACUGGCAGGAUUUCUCAGACUCAAAUUCUCCUCAUCCUCCCCACUCGAUGUUGAGUAUGACUCAAACAGCUAGGAAUACUGAGCGUCAUGCCAUGUCCUGGGGUUCUACACGCCUCAGGGAACAGAGGAUCACUUUCAUCAGUGCCGGAGAUCUGAAGCAAGAAGACAUAGACGAAGUCGCGAAGGACAACGAACAAACACAGAAGGAAGCAACAUCAUCUGAAGAAACCUCAGACAAGCAAGCACAACAUAAGGAGAUUGUCCCACAUGUGUCAGAGAACGAAGAUCCCAUUAAUCACAAUAAGAGUCCAGUCAGGUCUAGUGUCCGAGAGCCCCGUGCAAGGAAAGACUCUGUUUCGUCGCAAUCAUCCGAAGAGAUCCUUUUUGCAGGCCGAAACAACCCUCCAGCAAAAAUUGUCACAAAUGCGUCGGUUCCCAGCUCAGAGCCUACGGUUCCCCCGGAACCCAGAAUUGCUGAGACAAAGCCUCCACCUCAGAGUUCUCCCGCGGCCAUUGGGCUCACCACCCGCGAUUCCAGUUCAUCUGGUUUGGACAAAUUCAAGAACAUUCUGCCUCCGCCCCGAAACCAAGCCUUCGACCGACGUGGUCGUCUUCGAGGUCGACCCGAAAGCCUGCAGAAAAGAGAAGAGGAAGAAGCCAUCAUUAAUGAUUACAUUGCAAACCUAGCGGUCGACGACGACAGCGACGAGGACGAAAUUCCUGAAAGCAAGCACUCGGUCAAAGCUGGAAGGAGAACUGAACAUUUCCGAUUCUUUGAUGGCGCCACUGAGCAAAAGGUUCACCUGCGGCCCCAAAAACCAAGUAAAUCUGUCAGAGAAUCUACCGACGUCAACCAAGCGAUCGAUUGGAACUCAAGUGAUCUGCAAGAUUUCGACGACUUCAGCACUACAGACGAGGAAAUUGUUGAGGUCAGCCAUGUUUUACGAUAUCGCAUACGUCCAACCGGUCCGCAGUAUCUCGUCAGCCCCCUUGGCAAAGACUCUAAUGAUCCUCGGUGGGUUCCACAUGGAAAGUUGACCUCGGCCUCUGCUGUCGACGAGAUCCGCAUCUUUGAAGAAAUUAGGAGAAUGAGAAUCCAAGAGUUUAUAGGAGACUCGGGCGACCCGGAGUCGUCGGACGCCGACGAGCUUUUGGAUGAUCUUGAUGACGACAUGGAAUCCGAGAACGAGGAAAAUGACCGCAUACUCGAGCGUACUGCGCGUAUGACAGAUGAGCAGAUCGCCCGAGCAUUGGCAAAGCAAGAAGAGCUGGGCAUGGGUGGCGACGAGCUGCUCUUGUUCGACGGGCAAGUUGUGGAAGACGACGAGGUCAAUAAUGAUGAUGAUGAUGAUAAUGAUGACAACGACGACGAUGACGAUGAGUUUGCAGCUGGCGAUGGCUUCAUCCCGUUUUCUUCGAAGAAGCAUAUUUCCAGCCGCGUCAAGUCAAAGAAAAACAGGCGUGAGCGCGAUACUUUCCCAUCUGCAACAGCUUUCGCCGAUGCUCUUGACCAGGAUCCAUACGGUGCGUUCGACAUUAUGGAUUUUGAUCGACCCAGUCUCCGACCUAAGAAGAAAGGACGUAAGUCGGACUUGCCUUUUGAACUCGGUGUCGAAGAUGAGGAACUGGCCGAGCGACUGCGCAGCACCUGGAACAAAGACCGGGAAAAGAAGGCGGCCCGCAAGCGCGAGAGACUAGAGGAACGUGAGGCCGCGCUUCUGGAAGCGUCCGAACGCAAUCACCCCGUCGCUAUCAAAGCAGAAAUCCGACAAUUCCUAAUUGAGGAAGUCACGACGCUGAAGUUGGCCCCAAUGGAUGCAGCAACUCGUGCUUCUGUCCAUCGGCUUGCCAAGUCGCUCAAGUUGAAGUCAAAGUCAGAGGGUAAGGAUGGCCACGGCACAGGGCGCUACCCUGUUCUGACCAAAAGUCCGCAUACCCCGAGAUACACGAUCGACACCGUCUGGGAGAUUGACGCCUUGAUGAGCCUGAGAAAGUUCUUCCCGAAGGACCGAAUUAGUUCCUACAAGUCUCGCGUUACUGCAACAUCUGGCUCCGCGAGAACUAGGAGAGGAGGCGGUGGAGCCGCGUCAGGUGCCACGUACAUGAAUGGUGAUAUUGUCGGUGCUUCUGCCCCAGAGCUCGGCGCCAACAACAAAGGUCGCGCGAUGCUUGAGAAAAUGGGCUGGGUCGAAGGCGUGGGACUAGGUGCUGUGGGAAACAAAGGCAGUCUCGAGGCUAUCAAACAUGUCGUAAAGACCACAAGGGCUGGACUAGGUUGAUUUCUUGGUCGGAUUGUCUACUGUUGGACUAUCACCAUCUAAGCUGGUGCUGGCAGAUACUGAUGGUUCCGGUUUAUGUGCCUCGCGCACAUGUGCAGGGCAUUCUGCAAGAGUUUCUGCCUACGGCUUAGCCUCGAAGAAGACACAAGUAGAAUAGCUAGCGGCUCGUGGAGAGAGACCGACUGUACGGCAGCCUAUUCGUAUUAUUAUUUGUCGCAGGAACAACACCAACCAAUGGAACGGC